CACAGAGGAAUGAAUGUGGUUCCCUCUUUACCUGGCAGAUCGGAACUAUUCCAGCAGGAGCGCAGGUGAAAAGUCCGGCCUGCAGAGGGUGCCAGUCUGCUUCCACAUCUCCCCAGUGGAACCCAGAGCCCAGACCUGCUGUCAGUCAGACUGUGCCAGCUGCUCAGUGGUCAUUUUGCUGCGCUGGAGAUGAAGUAGGAGUUCCGAUGCAUAAAAUCCGAGUGCUCUCCCUUCUCUAGCGUCAAGUCCCACAUCCCUACCUUGCUAUGAGUACAGCUGUAACUGUAGCAACCGGUGUCGGGUGGGGAUGUGAGAGAGCCCAGCAGAGAGAGAAGGUCGGAGGCAGGCUGAUCAGAGUCUGUACUGAUUGUGGGAGACGCAGGGAAAGUUCUUUCUGUGCCUCCAGUCUCUCUCUCUCUCUCUCUCUCUCUCUCUCUCUCUCUCUCUCUCUCUCUCUCUCUCUCUCUCUCAAGAAACAAAAGUCUAGACUGGACAGCAUCCACAGGAGAAACACCUCGAAGGAGAGGGUUUUCCAGCAGCUUGCUCAGGACCCUCGGGAGCCGCAGCUGGGACUCACCCCUCUGUUAGCCAUGAAUUCUUCGUGCUGCCUGUUCUCUGCUUAUCCGAUGCUGCCUAACCUCUCAGAGCACCCUGCAGCCCCUUCUGCCAGCAACCGGAGUGGCAGCGGGUUCUGCGAGCAGGUCUUCAUCAAGCCCGAGGUCUUCCUGGCGCUGGGCAUCGUCAGCCUGAUGGAAAACAUCCUGGUGAUCCUGGCUGUGGUCAGGAAUGGCAACCUACACUCCCCCAUGUACUUCUUUCUCUGUAGCCUGGCUGCAGCUGACAUGCUGGUGAGCGUGUCCAACUCCCUAGAGACCAUCAUGAUCGCCAUUAUCAACAGCGACUCCCUGACCUUGGAGGACCAAUUCAUCCAGCACAUGGACAACAUCUUCGACUCUAUGAUCUGCAUCUCCCUGGUGGCCUCCAUCUGCAACCUCCUGGCCAUCGCUGUGGACAGGUAUGUUACCAUCUUCUAUGCCCUUCGCUACCACAGCAUCAUGACAGUAAGGAAGGCCCUCACCUUGAUCGUGGCCAUCUGGGUCUGCUGUGGCAUCUGCGGUGUGAUGUUCAUCAUCUACUCCGAGAGCAAGAUGGUCAUCGUGUGCCUCAUCACUAUGUUCUUCGCCAUGGUGCUUCUCAUGGGCACCCUGUACAUCCACAUGUUCCUCUUUGCCAGGCUACAUGUCCAGCGCAUCGCUGCGUUGCCACCGGCUCAUGGGGUGGCCCCACAGCAGCACUCGUGCAUGAAGGGGGCUGUCACCAUCACCAUCCUGCUGGGGGUGUUCAUCUUCUGCUGGGCACCUUUCUUCCUACACCUGGUCCUCAUCAUCACCUGCCCGACCAACCCUUACUGUAUCUGCUAUACGGCACAUUUCAACACCUACCUGGUCCUCAUCAUGUGCAACUCUGUCAUUGACCCCCUCAUCUACGCCUUCCGCAGUCUGGAGCUGCGCAACACAUUCAAGGAGAUUCUCUGUGGCUGCAAUGGCAUGAACUUGGGCUAGGGUACCGGUGGAGGUGCUCCAUAGCUAGCCAAGGGGCCUUGAGACAAAACUCUCAGAAAAGACAUGCAGAAUGUUAACAGCCAUGGCUGUGCUUGGCUUCAUCUUUAAGCUGGUGACCCUUUGCAAAGGGAAGAUGGCAUCGAAUGGCUGUCUGUGAAGAUCUGCGUGUGGGUAAGUUGGAGUCUGAUCUCCCACAUGGUCCCUGGAAGAAACAGCGAAGGCUGCACUGGGUGUCGUCUGUGCUCAUUGCUGGGCACCCAGGGUUCAUGAUUCCUGCCUGCUCCUCUGCUUUGUACCAGUAACUGUGCUUCAAGCCAGCCAUACAGGAGGGCUCUUGUGAACAGGAUGAGCACUCAGAUCUCUAGCAAGCAAACGUGCUCACGGCUACCACCUCCAGCUAUAUGGAGAGCUCUGCACACAAACUGUGAGAGACUGAGUUUCCAUUCAUGUGGUUAAGACUGUGUAAACACAAUGUGAUGCUCAUUUCUCCCUUCCAGCACUCACAUCCUUGCCAGCCUUCCCCUACCCUUACAAAAAGAAAAUAGCAUGCCAGCCUUCUCCUACCCCUGCAUAAAAGAAAAUAGCGUGCCAGCCUUCUCCUACCCUUACAAAAAGAAAAUAGCAUGGAGAUGUGACCCCCUUCUUUCUGAGUUAUUGUCAGGGUUGUCACAAUUGUUGGGGUUUCGUUCAUUAAAUCUAAGCCUCAAAACCUAAUAAAUCAAAGUGCUAUUGGGGCCAGUGAGAGGUCCUUUGCAUCCUUGGACUUUGCUACCUAGUCAUUUCAAGGUAGAUGUUACUCAAAAAAAAAAGUCUCUACUGUUGCUUCCCUGAUUGCAGGAGGUUGUGCAUUUCACUAGAAACCACUUUGUUGUCAUUGAUGAUGACUUGAGAGCUGGGUCUGCCUCCAGAUCUCUUCCUUCCUGACUCCCAAGCUCCUUUCCCCUCUCCUGGUAACUGUGUCUAUCAAGUGGUUAUUUCAACAUUGUCUAUGAGAGAGGCUGUGUUUCAACUCUUGCUCUUUUGCUAGACAUGCUGUUAAAGUCCAGUGACCCUGUUGGCAGCAUCUGCACCUUGUCACAUAAAGUAGUCACUCCCACCACCACAGGCUGAGAUCUACAGGCAUUCUGUACAUCACUGUGUGCUGCUGACAACUGCCAGAUCCCUUCAUGCCCUAGACAACUUCAGCUAGCGCCCUCCCCUCUGUCUGUGUUUUCCUGCUCUUGAAUAUAUGGGGUGGAGGGCCCGUGCUUGAAUUGUUCCUGCUAACGUGAUAGUAAACAUCAUUUGUUUCUUGCUUUGAUUGUGACGCUUGGAGAUAAUAAAGGCUUCGGCUUCUGUGACCACUAAA